GCUCCACCAUAGUACUAAUCAGUAGAAUCGCGGUCGGGAAGCAAGGAGAGUUCACGCUAGAAUAGUAAAGUGCUCUGUCUCUGCUGUUAAACCGGAAUCCUGCGUUAUUGGAAUGGAGAAAUCAACACGGGCGCCUUAAAUUUACGUUCAAAAGUUCGAGCCGCAUCCUUGUCCGCGAGCCGCUUAGAGCUUUUGUCAGUGUGUCUUAGAAAGUGCCACUGGCCUCAUGGAAGACAAGAGGAAGAAAAGGAGUCCCAAAGUGUCCCUUCCCCAGCCUCCUCCUCCACCAAUCAACCCUCGAAAGCUUACUGUUCUCCCAGCGAGUAAAAGUGCCACAUUCUCAUUGGGUUUACCCCAGCCGCCCUCGCCCAAACCCAGAGGCAAGUACAAGAGAUCGGUGGGGGCAAUGGGUCCGUCUAAAGAAGCUCUCGCUGUUCCUGUGGUUCCCCCCAAAAACACAAGGCCUCACAGAGAGAAACCCAGAGCUCCUCAGCCUGCUGGACCCAGCCGAGUGUCCCAGUCGUCCUCACCCCUCCAGCACUCAUUCCUCACCGACGUCUCUGAUGUGAGAGAGAUGGAGGGAGGACUGCUCAACUUGCUCAAUGACUUUCACUCUGGAAAGCUACAGGCUUUUGGUAAGGUGUGCUCCUUUGAGCAGCUAGAGCAUGUGAGGGAGAUGCAGGAACGUCUGGCCCGGCUGCAUUUCAGUCUGGACAGUCAUGUGGAGGAGCUGUCUGAAGACCAGAGAAAAAACGCUUCGGACCGCAAUCUAGAACAUUUGCUUUCUAAUCUGGAAGAAUUGAGCAGCUCAAUACAGAAACUCCACCUGGCAGAAAAUCAAGACUUACCCAAGACCUCCAGCACCUGAAGCGGGAAACCAAAUCCAGCCGACUAUCAAAUCACUGUGCCGACCAAAACCCUAGUUGCCAUGGCUACAACUCAACUACAAGUUACUGAAGCACCAUCAUCGUGAUCUGUGGCUAAUGCAAUGCUAAGUGAUGGCAACAGCUUCAAAGCACAUUCUCCAUAUAAACGAAAUUCAACUGCAAAAAUGGUUGAAAAAAAAAUUUCUUCUUUUUUUAAAUGUUUUGAUCUUAGCAUUGAAAUGUUAAUAAUUUAAAUGGUUUUGAGCCUAAAAGCUAAAUCGCACCCUUUUUGUUGCCAUGUUUAAAGGGAUAGUUCACCCAAAAAUGAAAAUCCGUCAUUAAUUACUCACCCUCAUGUCGUUCCAAACACGUAAGACCUUUGUUCAUCUUCGGAACACAUAUUAAGAUAUUUUGAUGAAAUCUGAGAGCUUUCUGACUCUGCGUAGACAGCAAGGGAACUGCCAUCCUCAAGGCCCAGAAAGAUAUUAAGGACAUCGUUAAAAUGGUCCAUGGGGCAUCAGUGGUUCAACCUUAAUUUUGUGAAGCUACGAGAAAACUUUUGAGAGCAAAGAAAACAAAAGUAAAACAUGUAUUCAACAAUUUCUUCAGGUCAGUCUCCACCGCUAUUCACAAGAGUACCAUGACGCAUGCAUGUGGUGAUAUAUAGAGCUUCAUAAAAUUGAGGUUGAACCAAUGAUGCCAUGUGGACUAUUUUAGCGAUGUCCUUACCAGCUUUCUGGCUCUUGAGCGUGGUAGUUCCCUUGAUGUCUAUGGAGGGUCAGAGAGCUCUCGGAUUUCACCAAAAAUAUCUUAAUGACUAUGCCUUUAAGUGGUUUAUUUGGAUAAAUAAGAAUUGUCCAUACUUUAGACAUGGCAUGAGUUGAUUUCAUUCAUUACUGGUAAAGUUUGACUUAAAAUUAUUAGAUCAACAAUGUCAAAAGUGAAUGAGAAGAUGAACAUUUACAUUAUCAGUCAAUCAGCACAUACACAAUUGAUCUUCAUUUUGUAGUUCAUCAGUGUUCUCAGAAAUGAUGUCGUAAAUGGCUGCGGAGUAGCUAUAAACUCACUCAGGACUGUUUUAGAUCAGUGAUCUUAGUGCCUCUUCUCACUGUCUAGAUUACAUUGAUUGUUUUAUCAUAUAGUUUUCAUGGUACUAUCCAAAUGUGGAACUGGAUUUUUUUGUAGAUGUUUGUACAUUAAAAUAUAUACAUUGUAUAAACCUUAUACACCUUGUUUGUAAACUAGAGUUUUAAUGUUGAUUUAGGAACAAUUAUGAUAGAAGUUAUUUGUUAUUCUUGAUGGCACUGAUGGAAAUGUACAGUAUGUGUAUGUUAUCGUUGCAUAAACUAAAGUAAAAAAAUAAUGGAGUCAGGCAUUUCAAAUUUCAGAUUCUAAAAAGUUGACAUCCAGUACUCUUUGGGUAAUUGUAGAAUUAUAGAUGAGUUGACCAGUGGAAUUUGUCCAUUUCUUGGAGCACAAAAUAGUUUUUGAACCUUGUAGAUCUGCAGUCUGUACUCCAAAGCACAAAAUAACAGAGUACAGUAGUAUCUAAUACAAGUCAGGAGGUUCUGACAAGCUAAAGUGGAUGUAGGACAAAACUACUGCAAAAAAAACUGUGACAUAGUCCAUAAUACAUAGUACAAUCUCACUAACAUCCCUAUAAGGAUAGUCUUCCCAUUUUACACCAGUUUCAGUGAUAAUCCAUCAGCACAACAUAUGGACAGGUUUAAGAAAAAGCUAAUGAUCUACACCAGUUUGAUUAUUAUAUUUCAUGAUGCAGUAAUAUCACUUUACAGCCGACCUCUGCUACGCCUGCUACCUCCAACUAUUUCAAUAUAGACUCAAUACUGUUUCCUUGAGGGAGGUCUGUUUAAAUCGAUAUCAGAUUGUUUCAUGUCAGGAUCUGAUCCUGCAUCAGCAUGCACAGGCUGUUUUCUCUUCCCUCACUGCCUGAGUCUAAAGCAUUGAAAGAAUCAUGUAAAAAUAAAUGAAGUUAGUAUUCUUUCUGUGAAUUUCAAACAUUUCAAAAAGAAAAUAUUUGUGUGCUUUGCUUUUUGUCCACAUUCUUGUUUCGUUCAACAAUGCAUAUAAGCUAUUUUCUAUUUGUGUGCUUUAAGUAAUAAAACAAUACAACAAU